GCCGUUCCGAGCCGCCGCCGGCCGCUCCGCGCCGAGCCGAGCCGCCGAGAGACGCUCCGAGCCGAGCCGCUGAGAGUGAGCCGCAGCAGCCGCGCGCGCGGCGCGGACCCCGGCGACGACAAAGAGCAGCUCUGAAGUACCUGAGGAUGGAUAAAGACUUCCGCUACUACUUCCAGCACCCGUGGUCUCGCUUAGUUGUGGCUUACCUCGUGAUCUUCUUCAACUUCUUAAUAUUUGCCGAGGACCCGGUGUCUCACAGUCAGACAGAAGCCAAUGUGAUUGUUGUCGGGAACUGCUUCUCCUUUGUAACCAACAAGUACCCCGAGAGCGGCGGCUGGAGAUGCCUGAAGGUGCUGCUGUGGCUGCUGGCCAUUCUCACAGGGCUGAUCACUGGGAAAUUCCUCUUCCACCAGCGCCUCUUUGGUCAGUUGCUCCGUCUGAAAAUGUUUCGAGAGGACCACGGGUCUUGGAUGACAAUGUUCUUCAGUACCAUCCUCUUCCUCUUCAUUUUCUCUCACAUUUAUAAUCUAUUCCUCAUUAUGGCAGGGAAUAUGAGUGCAUACAUUAUAACAGACUUCAUGGGCAUCAGGAAUGAAAAUUUUAUGAAGGUAGCUGCAGUUGGGACUUGGAUGGGAGAUUUUGUCACAGCAUGGAUGGUCACUGACAUGAUGCUUCAGGACAAACCCUACCCAGAUUGGGGAAAGUCAGCCAGAGCUUUCUGGAAGAAAGGGAACGUUAGGAUCAUUUUAUUCUGGACAGUUCUAUUUACCCUGACCUCCGUAGUUGUGCUUGUCAUCACUACCGACUGGAUCAGCUGGGACAAGUUGAAUCGUGGAUUUCUGCCAAGUGAUGAGGUCUCAAGAGCAUUCUUGGCUUCUUUUAUCUUAGUGUUUGACCUUCUUAUUGUCAUGCAGGAUUGGGAGUUCCCACAUUUUAUGGGUGAUGUUGAAGUGAAUCUUCCAGGCUUGCCAUCUGCACACAUGCAGUUCAAAGUACCUUAUUUCCAGAAGAUCUUAAAAGAGGAGUAUCACAUUCAUAUAACAGGCAAAUGGUUUAACUAUGGGAUUAUCUUUCUUGUUUUAAUCUUGGAUCUAAAUAUGUGGAAGAACCAAAUAUUUUACAAACCUCACGAAUAUGGUCAAUAUAUCGGUCCUGGGCAGAAGAUCUACACCGUGAAGGACUCAGAAAGCUUGAAAGAUCUUAACAGAACUAAGUUGUCUUGGGAAUGGAGAUCCAAUAACACUAACCCAUUGACCAACCGGACCUAUGCUGAAGGAGACAUGUUCUUGCACAGCAGAUACAUAGGCUCUAGCCUUGAUGUCAAAUGCCUGGCUUUUAUUCCAAGUUUGCUGGCUUUUGCUUUGUUUGGUUUCUUCAUCUGGUUCUUUGGGCGAUUUCAAAAAACUGACCAAGGCAUGGAGAAUUUAGACAAAUCAUACACAAGAAUGAAACGAAAGUCACCGUCAGAUAUGGGAAUGACACGAGAAAACACACAGGUGUUAGUAGAAGAACCAUUAAGUUUUCAAGAACCACAUCUGGUAUCCAUAAAAUCAGACUUAAGUGAAAUAGUUUUUAAUUCUUCUCUCCUAACUUCUGAAAACUUGAACGCACAGUUGAGUGAACAAGAUAGCCCCUUACAACCAGUACCAGAGUCCGCUGUCCCUAAGAGUAACCCUACAACAUAGAGUCAAAUACCCAGGAAAAUCAGUUUAAAUAAGCAGUUGCUGUCAGAGUUCAGUUUUACCUUUUGUAAGUUAAGAUUUACAUAGUGUUUAGAAUAAGAAACUCAAUCUAUACCAAACGGUGCUCAGCAUGCUUUUUCUAGGGUUUUUUUUUUAAUUUGUAUUAGAGUACGUGCCUACUGUAUAUCUAACAUUCCUUUAUAGAUUGCUUCCCAAAAAUGCACAAGCUAUUUAUUAAUACAUUACCUUAAGUGUACAAUAGUGUAUUAGAUGAUUACUUGCAGGUAUAAAAUUCUACCAUGGUGGUGCCUUGAGACAUUAAACUGUUUUUUAACUCAACACCAGAUGUAUAGCACAGUUAUUCUGAUCUGUUUUGGAGUGCUUUUUGUAUAUGGUUAUUUUCAGAAUCAUUUGAUGUCUUAACAGAGGAGAUAAACACAGUUAUUCCUUGAGGAGAUUUUCAGUUAGAACAUCACAACUUGACUUUGUUAUUUACUCAUCUGUGGAGCCAGUGACUUUGAUGACCGGACUGCAGAGAAGCAUGUUGAUUACCUUUUAAUUUACGCUGGCUAGCUGCCAAACACAAAUACAGAUUCAUUAUGCGGUAAACAGUAGAGCGAUAAUACAGCAUGGGUCACUACUUAGAAAAAUAUGACUUUCUCCAUCAGUAACAGCAAUUAGGUGAUAAUGCCUAAUUAUAUUUUUCAUAAUUAAAGAUAAACUGCUCCUUGAUUAAAAAUUCUGCCCUUCACCUUUCAGAAACAGAGGUGAAAAUGCAUGGUUGAAGCAACUUGUUCCAUCAUCACACCAAACCUAUGUCACAUCAAAGAGCCAAUGGACUGAUUACAGUAAAGGAUGCAGAGCCCAUUAAAUCCUGUAUUCGUAUGGUUCGGGGCACGUAUGGUGAAACAGGCCAGAGAAAUGCACCACACACAGACACUCUGAACACAAUGAAGAAGUGUUUAGGAGUUUCAAUUAAACUAGAUUAAUACUUGAGUUGUUUUGUACACUUUUCUUUCUUCAUUCACUGUCCAUGAGUAAAUGUAAUGUGGAAUCAGAAACGUGCUGAAGUAUUUAUUUUGAAGUAUUUAUUUUGGAAGGGGACUUUGGAAUUCUUUGCUGUAUGAUCAAACUAUACACAUUAGAGAGCCUGUGUAUCUAGAACAUCAGAAAGACUGUGAUUUGCCUCUAAUUCAAUUCUAUAAAUUGUUGUUACAAGUUACUAAAUAAUAAGUAAUUUUUAAGUCUGAGCUAUUUCCCUGUCAUUAACUUGCCGUGUUUUGUCUCUGUGACUUUUUUACCUCCAUUGUUUUGAUCUAUCUGCUUUUAAGUUUUUGGAAUGCUGAAUUUAGUAUGCAUAAUAGGACUAUGCAUUUAUUAACUGUCACUUGAGAGCCAAUUCUAAUAAAUAGACUAUUGUUUAUUAUGAGGCAGGGGCAUAUUAUGUUAGUUUUGGAGUUUAAAAAAGAAAUUCAACAUGGCUGUCCUCCUUAGAAUCAUAAAUAUUUCUGGCACUAGAAAAGACAGUAAACUCAAAAUCAAAUAUUUUGCUUAUGAAAUAUUUAUUAUUAUAUCAAGCAAAAUCUCACUUUAUAAUCAAAACAAAUGUUUUCCCAUUAAAAAUGUGGAUAAAAAUAAUUCUGUUAUUAGCUUUUGCCUACUGCAGUCUAUAAAUCUGUUUAUGUAACCGAAAACAGACUAUUAAUUAGUAAUAGUAAAACACUGUGAGAGCCUACCUGUGCUAUGUAAGAGGUGACUGUAGCGAUACUUGACUUUCAAGCAGAAUUUGAUUUUGAUUUAAAAAGUGAGAUCAUAUGUUAAGUGGGUACAGAAAUAGCUGAUUGAUUUUGCAGAUACAUGCUUCUCUGAAUGUUUUGGGCAAGAUAAACCCA